UUCCUCUUCCUCCCCCAUCUCCAACACCAUGACCGACGCAUCCGCCGCAACAGCCAUGGGCAGCGGCAGGGAGCUCGCCAACCCACCCUCCGACGGCAUCUCCAACAUCCGCUUCUCCAACCACAGCGACCACCUCCUCGUCUCCUCAUGGGACAAGACGGUCCGGCUGUACGACGCCGAGGCGAACGUGCUCAGGGGCGAGUUCGCCCACCCGGGGCCCGUGCUCGACUGCUGCUUCCACGACGACUCCUCCGGGUUUAGCGCUGGCGCCGACCACACCGUACGGAGAUUAGCAUUUGCUUCAUCAAAAGAGGAUAUUCUCGGCCAUCAUGAUGCUCCAGUUCGCUGCGUCGAGUACUCGUAUGCUGCAGGACAAGUGGUCACUGGCAGCUGGGAUAAGACAAUCAAAUGCUGGGAUCCAAGAGGAGUAAGUGGACCAGAGCGUACACUGGUUGGGACAUAUGCUCAACCAGAGCGUGUAUAUUCUAUGUCGUUGGUAGGAAAUAGGUUGGUUGUUGCAACAGCAGGAAGGCAUGUCAAUAUUUAUGAUUUGCGCAAUAUGUCUCAACCUGAGCAAAAAAGGGACUCAUCUUUGAAAUAUCAAACACGCUGUGUUCGAUGUUUUCCCAACGGAACAGGGUAUGCUCUAAGUUCUGUCGAAGGACGAGUUUCUAUGGAGUUCUUCGAUCUUUCGGAGUCUGCACAAUCUAAAAAGUAUGCUUUCAAGUGUCACCGAAAAUCUGAGUCUGGCAGGGAUACUGUUUAUCCGGUCAAUUCAAUUGCCUUCCAUCCAAUAUAUGGCACAUUUGCCACUGGAGGGUGUGAUGGAUUUGUAAAUGUAUGGGACGGCACAAACAAGAAAAGAUUAUAUCAGUACUCAAAGUACGCUACAAGCAUCGCUGCUCUGUCAUUCAGUAAAGAUGGACAUUUGCUGGCUGUGGCAUCAAGCUACACUUAUGAAGAGGGAGAUAAACCGCACGGGCCUGAUUCAAUAUUUAUCCGAGGGGUGAAUGAAGUGGAGGUCAAGCCUAAGCCCAAGGCAUUGGCUGCACCCCAGUAGGCCAGUAGUACUCCCUGGGAGAGAAGCAUUAUACAUGCGAGACGUUUCUUUCUCUACUUUACUUUUUAGUGUCAAUUGCAUUAGUUGACGGAAACCCUUCUUUUUUAUUUUGGCGUGAAAUGUCAGUAUCCAUAUCUGACCGCUUCUCUUAGUUGUAUUUCGCAUGUAAUGUCUAGAAAAAAGUGCUUAGGUGGUCAUAUUA